UUCAGAUCCGUCAGUAAAUCGCGAGCAUUCAAAGCGGUCAGUUUACUAUUUUUAUACCUUGAAUAUAUUUUUUACACCUUUGUAAGCAGACAUUAUUAUAAUACAUACCAGUGAGAGGUUUACACCCACGCUUAGUGCCUUUAUAAUAAUACAUAAUAAUUAUUAAACUGUUUACCAACACAAAGCAUUUAUUUCUCGUGAUCGUGAUCGUGGAUUAAAAGGAUAAACGCGAUGGCGGACGAGGGACAUGAAAAUGGUACCAGCAACGGCGAAGUUCCUGAAAUCGAACUCAUAAUCAAGGCUUCAACAAUCGAUGGAAGAAGAAAAGGCGCGUGUUUAUUUUGCCAGGAGUAUUUUAUGGAUCUGUAUCUUCUCGCGGAAUUAAAAACAAUCUCCUUAAAAGUAACGACAGUUGACAUGCAAAAGCCCCCUCCAGACUUUCGCACCAACUUCCAGGCGACUCCGCCGCCCAUUUUGAUCGACGGAGGCGACGCCAUUUUGGAGAACGAGAAAAUCGAGCGACAUAUUAUGAAGAAUAUUCCCGGGGGUCAUAACCUUUUCAUCCAGGACAAAGAAGUCGCUACUCUUGUGGAAAAUCUCUUCAGUAAACUAAAGCUGCUGUUACUUAACGCAAAGGAGAAGGACAAGGACCCUAAAUCGUCUUCUUUAAUGGCCCAUUUACGGAAAAUAGAUGAGCAUUUGGGCCGCAAGGGAACGCGUUUUCUUACAGGUGAUACCAUGUGUUGCUUCGAUUGCGAGUUGAUGCCCCGUUUGCAGCACAUCCGGGUGGCAGGAAAGUACUUCGCUGACUUUGAAAUUCCCGAGACAUUAGUGCAUCUGUGGCGAUACAUGCAUCACAUGUACAGACUUGAUGCAUUCUUGCAGAGCUGUCCGGCAGAUCAGGAUAUUAUUAAUCAUUAUAAGCUGCAACAGAGCAUGAAGAUGAAAAAACACGAGGAACUCGAGACUCCGACUUUCACCACGAGCAUCCCCAUUGAGGUCAACGACGACUAAUUUUUUUCUUCUUUAUGAUUAUCCACGCUCGUGACUUUGAUUUAUUAAAAGGUUUAUAAUUAUUUUAAACAAAGAAGAAAAUAAUUUAAAAUUUAAAAUAAAAACCCUAUGAGCCACGAGCUUUUUAUAUUAUUAUUAUUAUUAUUAUUAUUAUUAUUAUUAUUAUGGUUAAAUAAUAUAUUGCGAGUAUGUUAUCUAUUUAAUAUUAAAUCUUUAAAUCUUUUCUAUUAAUAAGGAAGAAAAACUAAAUUUUUUAAACGAACUUUUGUAAACAAAAAAAUUCAGUAACUUAAAUUUUCGUCAUUUAUAUAUUAAUUAAUUAAUUAAUUAAUUAUUAUUAUUAUAAUUAUUAUGGCUAUUAAUAUUAUGUUCAUUUAAUUUGUUAGCUAUGUAUUGAUUUAAUGCAUAGUAGUUAUUAUUGUAAAACCGCUAUUGUACGUAAUAAAUGAAGAGACACGGGAAUCUCGACAAUCGUGUCUCUACAUCAGAAU